GACAGAAGCCGUGGAUUUUGUUCUGACUUAGGACUGAGAGGGGAAUGAUCUGAUCGCAUUCGUACUUGACUCUUUUUUUCUCUGACGGGAUAGUUUAUGUUGAUAUUCGAGCAGAACAGGUGUGUUUCAUAAGGGCUCCUCCGGGAAAUGCGGAAUGACGGUACGGGACCGUUAACGCGCGCGUGGAUCACCUGAUUCAUGACCGGUACCGCAGACCGCACGCUGAUCUGCCGGGGAAAGUUCAUAAAGAUUGUCUGAUUGAUUGCUGUGAAAUCAACAUUUCCCCCCAAAACCAGCUGUGCUUUGAGUUGGAUUUUUUUUCCCACGACUAAAAUACUUUCACUGACCUAGUCCUCAAAGCAGUGAUCAAUACGGAUAUCCUGAUAUUAUACUGGAGUCAGAUUGUUUUUCUGACUGGUCGAAGGGAUUUGUCACUGUGUGCGCGAAUUGGUAACCUCCGUAUGAGCGAGCUCACAGAGAACCGAGGGUCGUGUUUGGCUGCUCUUUAUCUACAAAUGUUAGGCUCUGUGAAACCUUGGCUCUGACAACACCAUAUGGAGACAAAUGUUUGAAUUAAAGCAGCAGGAACACGCGUGAACUGCUGUCAUGGAUUUAAGGGAUUUUUUCUUGUUGACAACAUUAGUUGCUUGUUUCUGGUUAGAUCCCACCAUAGCCCAAGAGCUCAUUUACCCUAUUCGAGAAGAGCUACAGGAGAAUGUUCUUAUUGGAAACAUUCCAAAGGACUUGAACAUCUCCCAUAUGAACUCUGCCACCGCGGCUACCAGUAAUCUGGUUUACCGGCUUGUGUCGAAAGCAGGUGACACCCCACUACUUAGAGUGAUGAGCAAUACAGGAGAAAUAUUUACCACCUCCAACCGUAUCGACAGGGAGAAACUCUGUCCAGGCUCCUCUUUUGAAGACAGCGAGUGUUCCUUUGAAAUUGAGGUGGUCAUUUUGCCCAAUGACUAUUUCAGAUUAAUCAAAAUUAAAAUCAUGGUGAAAGACACCAAUGACAAUGCCCCCAUGUUCCCCUCGCCUGUGAUCAACAUUUCAAUUCCGGAAAACACACUCAUCAACAGCCGCUUUGCUAUUCCCUCUGCCACUGAUCCAGAUACCGGACCCAACAGCGUACACAAAUACGAGCUGUUGAACGGGCAGAGCGCCUUCGGUUUGGAUAUUGUGGAGACACCAGAGGGUGAGAAAUGGCCUCAGCUUAUCGUUCAGCAGAAUUUAGAUAGAGAACAGAAAGAUACUUAUGUGAUGAAAGUCAAAGUGGAGGAUGGGGGGAACCCACAGAAAUCCAGCACUGCCAUUCUACAGGUGACUGUCACUGAUGUUAAUGAUAACCGGCCUGUCUUCAAAGAAAGCCAAAUUGAGGUCCACAUCCCAGAAAAUUCUCCCGUCGGCACAUCUGUAGUUCAGCUGCAAGCCACUGAUGCAGACGUGGGUGCCAAUGCAGAAAUAAAGUACAUGUUUGGGGCCCAGGUGUCUCCAGCGACACGGAGACUUUUUGCUCUGAACUCCACCACUGGGCUCAUAACAGUUCAAAGGCCGCUUGAUAGAGAGGAGACUGCCAUUCAUAAACUCACAGUACUAGCCAGCGAUGGAAGCUCGAGUCCAGCAAGAGCCACCAUCACUAUCAAUGUGACUGAUGUGAAUGACAAUGCUCCAAACAUUGACCUGAGAUACAUCAUCAGUCCAACUAAUGGUACUGUAAUGCUUUCUGAAAAAGAUCCAAUUAACACCAAGAUUGCCCUCAUUACUGUAUCUGACAAAGACACAGACGUCAACGGCAAGGUGAUUUGCUUCAUUGAAAAAGAUGUUCCAUUUCACCUCAAAGCAGUUUAUGAUAACCAGUAUUUGUUAGAAACAUCUGCACUGCUUGAUUAUGAAGGAACCAAGGAGUACAUCUUCAAGAUUGUUGCUUCUGACUCUGGAAAACCUAGUCUGAACCAGACCGCCCUGGUUAGAGUACGGCUGGAGGAUGAGAAUGACAAUCCACCCAUUUUCACCCAGCCUGUCAUUGAGCUGGCUCUCAUGGAGAACAACCAACGUGACAUGUUCCUGACAACCAUCAGUGCCACAGAUGAGGACAGUGGACGGAAUGCAGAGAUUGUCUACCAGCUUGGACCCAACGCAUCAUUUUUUGAUCUUGACCGCAAAACAGGAGUGCUAACCGCAUCCAGGGUGUUUGAUAGGGAGGAACAAGAGCGGUUCCUCUUUACGGUCACCGCUAGGGACAAUGGCACCAGGGCUCUGCAGAAUCAAGCUGCAGUCAUAGUGACCAUACUGGACGAGAAUGACAAUAGCCCUAAAUUUACACACAACCACUUUCAGUUCUUUGUGUCAGAGAAUCUGCCUAAAUAUAGUACAGUUGGAGUAAUCACAGUCACAGAUGCAGAUGCUGGUGAGAAUGCCGUGGUGAGACUCUCAAUCCUUAACGAUAAUGAGAACUUCAUCCUUGACCCAGAUUCUGGAGUCAUAAAGUCCAAUGUAUCCUUUGACCGAGAGCAGCAAAGCUCCUACACCUUUGACGUCAGAGCUGUGGACAAUGGAAGCCCUCCAUGUUCGUCAGCUGCCAAGGUGACCAUCAAUGUCAUUGAUGUCAAUGAUAACCCCCCCAUCGUCAUCUACCCACCAUCAAACACCUCUUUCAAACUAGUGCCACUGUCUGCGAUUCCGGGAUCGGUUGUGGCCGAGGUGUUUGCAGUAGAUGGCGAUACGGGUAUGAAUGCAGAGCUCAAGUACACUAUUGUGAGUGGCAACACAAGAAGUCUUUUCAGAAUUGACCCUGUAACAGGAAACAUCACGUUAGAGGAGAAACCCACGGUGGCAGACAUUGGCCUCCACAGGCUUGUGGUCAACAUCAGUGACCUAGGCUAUCCAAAGUCCCUGCACACUCUUGUCCUAGUUUUCCUGUACGUAAACGACACGGUUGGAAAUUCCUCAUACAUACAUGACCUCAUACGUCGGACAAUGGAAACGCCACUGGAUAGGAACAUUGGCGAGAGCAGUGAGACUUAUCAGAAUGUUGACAACCUAAAAACCAUCAUUGCCAUUGUGACAGGUGCUAUGGUAGUGAUUGUGGUCAUCUUCAUAACAGUUCUGGUGCGCUGCCGAAAUGCCUCUCAGUUCAAGGCGGCUCAGAGAAAGAAGCAGGGUACCGAGUGGAUGUCCCCCAACCAGGAGAACAAGCAAAACAAGAAGAAGAAGCGCAAAAAGAGGAAGUCGCCAAAGAGCUCCCUCUUGAACUUUGUCACCAUCGAGGAGAACAAACCCGACGACUCUGCCCACGAACCCAUAAACGGAACUAUCAGUCUCCCGGCUGAGCUCGAGGAGCCCGGGAUUGGACGCUUUGAUUGGAAUGCCACCCCUACUACCACCUUCAAACCCAGCAGCCCAGACUUGGCCCGGCACUACAAGUCCGCUUCACCCCAGUCGGCCUUCCACCUCAAAGCUGACACUCCGGUGUCUGUGAAAAAGCAUCAUGUGAUACAGGAGCUGCCACUGGACAAUACCUUUGUUGGGGGCUGUGACACGCUUUCCAAACGUUCCUCCACCAGCUCCGAUCACUUCAGUGCCUCAGAAUGCAGUUCACAAGGAGGCUUCAAGUCAAAGGGGGCACCUUUGCACACCAGACAGGGAACGCUUACCCGCGCCCGCACCGAACUGAACCCCGACUAUCUGGACCUUCGCUCUGGAGCCGAGCUGAACCCAGAGUACUGGACGCCCUGCACUCCUCUAUCGCAGCGGCGCGUCACGUUUCACCUGCCGGACGGGUCUCAGGAAAGCUGCAGUGACAGUGGGCUGGGGGACCAUGAGCCUGUGGGAAGUGGGCUGCUCCUCUCACACCCUCUUCCUCUGGUGCAGGCGCAGGAUGAGUUCUACGAGCAGGCCUCUCAGGACAAGAGGACCGAAGCGGACGGCAACUCGGACCCCAACUCUGAUGGACCUCUAGGACCAAGAGGCUUAGUGGAGGCCACAGAGAUGUGCACCCAAGAGUGUCUGGUGUUGGGCCACUCUGACAACUGUUGGAUGCCGCCGAGCCUGAGCUCGUACCCUUCGCCCAAGUCCCCUGUUUCUUCUUUCAGCAACCAAAAGGAAUGGUCUAAAGAGAGACUGCUAAAUGGCCACACCCUGACCCGCAGUUGGAAAGGUGAGCGCGGAAGCCAGGAGCAGUUUGGGGACAGGAAGACCUUCGGGAGCUCGGAGGGACAUUUUGGCAGUGGCGGCGGUGGUCACAUGGCCGACAUCCCAUUGGCCAGCCUGAAAUCUUACCAGCCCGUCUCUGGCCCCGACAGUCCUAAAGAACAGCAGCUUUAA